GCUACCCUGGACACUUUUGGGUCUCACCGGUUAGCACAGCGCCCACUCCAGCAUAGAUUCCAAGAUGGCAGCUGCAGGGCGAGCAUCAGAAUAUGCGCGAGAUGCAGUAGCGCCACGUCCCAAACUCGAAGCUGCAGAUGUAGCUGGACGAAGGCCUUUGGCAUGCCCUGUGGGAGCGGUCCUGCAUGAACAGACACCAGUGUGGACGGGAACCAGGCCAGAUGAACUCGGACGGAAAGGCUACAAAUGUCCCAGGCGUGUGCUACACCAGCUGCAUGCACGAGUAGUACCUAAUAAGAAAGCAACGCAGCUAUAAGCACGAUCUACUCAAGGCGCAAAAGGACACGACACGAGGCUCGUGUGGUUGACGUGCAAUACUAGCAGUUAGCACCAUCUGAGCAAAGAGGAUGAGAUGGUCACUGCACUGCAUGGCUCAUCAGACUGUUGACCCUUCAAGUUGACAACGGGUGCAAACUGCCAUCCUCUCUUCUCGCCCACCCUCCUUGGAACACUCACCACUCAUCCCAUGAUGGUGUUGCAAUUCCCACCCGGCCCCCAUGUCGAUGGUCUCCCCAGUUCCCCCUCGGUCCCUACGAACACCAAAGCCAGCCCAGCCCCAGCGGCACGAGGAUCACGAUGGCCAAUUGAACAGGACGGUACCGCUGGACCAUUCCACGGCUUCCGGGUCAACCCUUACACCUUUGCGAUGGCACGGCUGCACCAUUCCAGCGAAGUGUCCAGCUAGGCAUGGUAUAGCAUCUGUCGCGCAUUAGCAGUACGGUACUAGCUGGGAGAAUCAGUAGCCAGGGACUAGGGUUCAGGUUGGCACCGGAUGCUGCGCUGCAAUGCACUUCUGGCGUCGACGAUUGUAACCGCGCUCAUCGUCUUAGGGCUGCUCUCUGCUUCGUGGAAUCCUGUCCUUCUUACGCCUGGUUUCCUCCUCCUCCUCCUCCUCCUCCUUCUCAUCGCUCGACUGUCGCAGGCGAUGAAACAGUUACUCGCGGUCUCGGUCCCUGCUCCCGAUCCCGAUCCCGUGGCCAACACUGGCGCCUUUGUCCUCGUCCUCUCGCUCGUCGAACCCUUGUGCAGCUCGCCAUUAUACCCCUCUUUGGCCUGAGGCCACUCGCGACGCUCUGCCCACCGUCCCACAAGACACUGCCGCCAGGCUCCCGGGGUGAAAGCCACAAAAGCCAUAAGCGCUCCUGACUGAAAAGGAAACACUGCGAGCGCUUGGUCAAACCUGAGGCUCUGCGCUGCUGCUGCGAAGACGCCCGCCGAUACGUCAAGCUACAAUGACCAGGCUCUCCGAUACUGCCAUAUCUAGGAGCCAGAUUGCUGUCUGGUGUCUCUUGCACGACUCUUGACGGCUUCCCGCACCGCCUAUCAGCUUGUAGAACUGCUAUGUUGUGUCUGAUUACUACGGGUACCUGUCGAAAGCCACCUGUCUGUACGCAAAGAUUGGUCACAGUCCUCCUCCGAGUCCAAGUUGGACGUCCAUGUCCGCGCCGCAGUCAGUCGCCGACUCUGUUCUCGGCCUGACUCAGUCUGAAUUACUCCUCUUCCGACAGCAGCAGCAGGUCCUGGCUCAGCGAAGCCAUACCGGCGGCGGGAUGGCCGACCGCGGUCGAGGCACGAGCAGAGACUCCCAGCCCAGCUCCCGCGCCGCCAGUGCCGCCAGCAGCCAAGGCGUGCCCGGGCGAAUCAUGCUGGAUCCGCAUAGUCUUCAAACCUUGAGUUUGCACUUGGAUAAUCUGAUGAGAUCCAUCCAGAGGCGCAUUGGAGAACUGGAAGAAGCUACCGAACAAUCCGUUCAAUCCCAAAGCAGCAGAGCCAAUGGUGCCAUGUGCGAUGCAGACGCACAAAUUUCCAGAAUCCGCCGGAUACUGAGGGAGAUGGACCGCCUUGAGGAGGAUCUGGAGAAGGUCAAGAGGAUCAGGGAUAAGGUGAGGCAGCUGAAAAACAAUGUCGACAAGGUCUCGGACAGACUGGACCGGAGCCGCCCAAGCGGCCACGGGGCUGGCGCCCGCCCCAGACGAUGAUGUGGCCACGAGGGAAUUCUACUUUUACGACUACGCACGCUACGGAAAACCACAUCCAUGACGAGAAACGACGACGACGAUUCAAUGGCAAGCGGCAACUGUUAUAUUCCUCAUGACCUUCACUUUGGCUUGGAGCCCGGCCCUUCGUGUAACGACGGCGGGGCAUGUGGAUUUUGUUUCAUUCGAAUCUGUUUGCAUGGCGAACGCAGAGACCGGAGCCUCACGGCUGGACAUUGACUUACGACUGGACGUUGGACACCUGUAUGACUACUCGAGACGGGUUCUUCGCGCAUGAGCAAAUGUUUUCAAAUGGCUAUUAGCGUGGCAUAAUGCUGGAUGAUUGAUUGAUUGAUGGACUGAUGGAUGGAUGAGUUAGUUUUUGCACUGCCGUUACCACCGACAUUGGGCAGGAGAUUGUCUGAUAGGCUUGUUGACUUCGACCUAGAUUGGGAUGAUGGCUCACGCUGCGAUUGAGGCAUAUCCGGGGAGCGAGGCUGACUUGUCAAUGACCAUUUUGCGAUGCUCUACGAAGUUACUGUGUGAUGCCACUCGUCUUUCCAGGUGAAGUAGAUCUUCUUUCUUUGUCUCUCGACAUGCCCACAGGAAAGCGUUUGAUCGUCCCACACUUGACACAUUCGAUUUCCAACACAUUCGCCCACGGCUUUCGGCCGUCCUUGCUCUCGUUAAC